GCCGCGCCGAGCCCUUCCUCUUGACGCCACCAUGCUGCACCGCGUGUCCCGCUCCGUCGUCUCCGCCCGCCCCGCGCGCGCCUUCUCCACGUCCUCCGUGGAGCGCGUGCCGCUCUUCAUCGACGGCAAGUUCGUGCAGUCCAAGACCGACAAGUGGAUCGACCUGCGCAACCCGGCGACGAACGAGGUCAUCUGCCAGGUACCGGAGGCCACGCAGGAUGAGAUGCGCCAAGCCACGGAGGCCGCCGCCCGCGCCUACAAGACGUGGAAGGAGGUGGGCGUGCAGCACCGCCAGCGCGUCAUGCUCAAGCUGCAGCACCUGAUCCGCGAGCACACGGAGGAGCUCGCUCUGUCCAUCACCAACGAGCAGGGCAAGACGCUGGCCGACGCGCGCGGCGACGUCUUCCGCGGCCUCGAGGUGGUCGAGCACACGUGCGGCGCCGCCACGCUCAUGAUGGGCGAGACGGCCGAGAACCUCGCCACGUCGCUCGACACGUACUCGUACAAGCAGCCGCUGGGCGUUUGUGCCGGCAUCUGCCCCUUCAACUUCCCGGCCAUGAUCCCGCUCUGGAUGUUCCCCACCGGCACGGUCACGGGCAACACGUACGUGCUAAAACCCUCGGAGAAGGACCCCGGCGCCUCGAUGAUUCUGGCUCGCCUCGCCAAGGAGGCUGGUCUCCCGGACGGCGUGCUCAACAUCAUUCACGGCGCUCACGACACUGUCAACUUCAUCUGCGACGCACCAGAGAUCAAGGCCAUCUCGUUCGUCGGCGGUAACCAGGCCGGCGAGUACAUCCACUCGCGCGGCAGCGCAAACGGCAAGCGCGUGCAGGCCAACCUCGGCGCCAAGAACCACGCUGUCAUCAUGCCUGACUGCGACAAGGAGCAGGCCGUCGGCGCUCUUGCUGGCGCGGCUUUUGGAGCUGCUGGCCAGCGUUGCAUGGCCCUUUCGGUGGUUGUGUUUGUCGGCAAGUCCAAGGAGUGGGUGCACGACAUCGUGCAGAAGGCCAAGGAAAUGAAGGUGAACGGCGGCCUGGAGCCCGGCACGGACGUGGGCCCGCUCAUCACUGUCGCGGCGAAGGAGCGCGCGGAACGCCUCAUCCAAGAAGGUGUCGACAAUGGCGCCGAGCUUCUGCUGGACGGACGCAACAUCAAGGUUCCCAAAUACCCGAACGGCAACUUCGUGGGCCCGACGAUCCUGAACAACGUUGGCGUAGACAACCCUGCCUACGUGGAGGAGAUUUUCGCCCCCGUGUUGGUGUGCACGUCGGUGGACACGCUGGAAGAAGCGAUCGAGCUGAUCAACCGCAACCCGUACGGCAACGGCACCUCGAUCUUCACGUCUUCGGGUGCGGCCGCCCGUAAAUUCCAGCACGAGAUUGACGUGGGCCAGGUCGGCAUCAACGUGCCGAUCCCUGUGCCUCUCCCGAUGUUCUCGUUCACCGGCUCGCGUGCAUCGAUCCGUGGCGACCUGAACUUCUACGGCAAGGCUGGCAUCAACUUCUAUACGCAGAUCAAGACAGUCACGUCGCUGUGGGACUACAACGAGAAGACCCGUUACAGCGCAGUGAUGCCGACGCUCGGCCAGAAGUAAAACAACCAAGCCAGACGUAGAUACCAUGCCUGCGCCAAGACAACCCAGCCCCAACAAAAAGACCAUGCCCCGCGUGAAGUGAGUGAGUGAUAAAUGCAAUUGAUGGAUUGACACUCCUUUAGCUUUGUGUAUCUUAACGUCUUCGUCCACCCCCUCGGCCUCCACCUCUGCCUCCCCCUCGGCCCCCUCCUCGGCCACCUCCACGUCUGCCGUAGUAGCCGCCGCCACCGCCUCCCCCGAAGUCAUCACGAUCCGUUCUCUCUUCAUCCGCCUCUGAAAUUUUCGUCUCCUCGAGCUUGCGGCCGUCGGGCUCGUUCAGCGUGCAUCGGUUGCCUUGGUACUGGGUGACGAACAUCUCCAGUUGUCCAGCUGCGUUGGCGGCACCAGUCUUGGCGUUCUUGCUCAGCCGCGGGCACACGUCGCGAGCGAUGAGAAUGAGCAGCUUGUGGAACUGCUUCUUGUAGUCGAGUAGCAGCUCGAAGCCCGCCACUUCCAGAAUGGUCAGGGUCAGAGCACCUGUCAUGAGGUGAGGUGGCUCGUUCACCAGCCGCGCCAGCCACGUCCAGCAAUCGCCGAGUUGUAGCCCCGGUGGCGACGGACUGCCGUCCCAGGGAGUAGUUUGCCGCACAGCAGCUAGCACAGCCGAGAUCAUGGUCAUGCGCCUUGUGUACUCCGUCACG